AUGAGUAGUAUAUUAGGUACACCUUCCAAAGAAUUUAAUCAAAAUAAAUUUAGAGAUCUUUUUUAUAAAGCCAAAUCUCGCAAAGAACUCCAACCAGCUUUAACCUAUUUAUUAGGAUACUUUGCAUGUGGAGAAACCGGUGUUUACAAAUGGGUUCCUGCUCUUAAGACCUUCAAGCAUUUUAAUAAAAAGGAUGCAUGUGAGUCUUUUAUCCAGAAUGAAACAGCAGAAUUUGAACAUGGCAAUUGGGUAGAAAAGUUUAAUAUACAAAACUGGUUCUUUAGGGAAACGACUAUCUUCAUUAUUAAUGUUGAUCCAACUAAACCACUAACUUAUCAACAUCCAAUAUCUGAAGAAUAUAUUAUUAAUAAUUUUCCGGGAUUUCUUCAUUCCAACCCACCUCCAUUCCAUCAAUUUAGCAAAGAAAUUCGUAAUCAGGUAAAUUUAAUUCUUAACCAUAUGAGAGAAGUACUUUGUUCAUCAGAUAAAAAGCAAGAACUCUAUAUGAUGGGAUUAAUUCUAAGGAUAGCAAUUGGCCAGAAAAUGCAAAAAUCAAUGUUCCUUUAUUCUGGUCCGGGAACAGGUAAAACAAUGCUUACAUGGUUCCUUCGGGAAAUGGUCCUUGGCUCAAAGAUUACUAUGAAAACCACCAAUGAAAAAAUUAUUACAGGACAAUUUAACAAAGAAUUAGAAGGUAGGGUUUUAUUGGUUCUUGAAGAAAUGUCUAACUCAAAAUCCACUGAUUGGAUUACUUUUGCAAAUUGGCUCAAAGACUUUAUUGAUAGUGAUUCUUUGAGGAUAGAAGAAAAGCAUAAGACUCCAUAUUCGGUUACUAAUAUUACAAAUUUAAUUAUUAACAGUAAUAAUAGUAAAACAAUUCGUCUUGAUAAAAAUGACCGAAGAUAUUUUAUUCCGGAUAUCUCUGAAAAGUAUGUUGAAAAUGGAAUUGGAAUGGAUCAUUAUUAUGCCCCACUGGAUAAAGCUAUAAAAAAUCCAGAAGUUGGAAAAGCAUUCUACUCUUAUGCACUAGAAUAUGUAAAACUUAAUCCAGAUUUUAAUGAAUGCAAAAUCCCUAUGAGUAAAACUAAGCUAAUGAUGACAAGCAGGGAUAUUAACCCAAUCCAUGAGUUUAUAAAGCAGGAAUAUUUAUGCAAGUCUUUAGAUCUUGAUUUAGCUUCUACAUACCUUUAUAAUACAUAUAAAAACUGGUUUCGGGAAAUGUUUGGCAUCAAAAAAAGACCGCCUAUUGUACAGGAAUUUACUCGUGCAAUUGGAGAGUUAGGGAUAAAAACUAAGUCAAAAAGAGUAGGAGAUCAAAAAACCAAUAAAAAAAUGCAAUGGUAUUCAGCUUCAUAUAAUGAUAUUUAUACCAUAUUCCAGAAAAAGAAUAUGAUUGAUGAAGCCGAAAAUAUUAAUGAACCGGAGGGAUACCAACAUACAGAGAAAUUUGAUGAAGAAGAAGUAUAUGAAUCAUCUGGUUUGGAAUUUGAUGAACCAAUUCUUAAAAAUAAAAAACCAGAAGUGUCUUUAGAAUCGCCAGCUGAAUGUAGUAAAUCAUCUGUACCAGUGUUUAAAAAGAUGUCGCCAAAAGUUCCACCAAAACCUGAACAUCUAAAGAUUACAAAAAAUAAUGAAACCCAAAAACUAGAAAACCCGAUUGAAGAAUUUUCUAUUGAUGAAUGCUUGGACCUCUUAUGUGCUGAAUAUGAUGAAAAUUGCCAGGAUAAUAGGAAUACAGAACCAGAAACCAUUAAUGAAAAAGAAUGUACAUUAGCUGAGGAGGAAGAGGAAUUCUCAGAAAAUGAAUAUAUUGAUUAUAAGGAACUAGAUAAAUUCCAUAAUAAUUAA